CUGGAAGAUUCUGCAGGAAUCUUAUGAGUGGACCCCAUUUCAUUCGUUUAUUGUGGGGACUCUUUCUCUGAGCUAGGUGGUUAGCCCUCCUUCACAAAGUCACAACGCACAUUCUUUGGUUUGGACUAAAGGUUCCAGGAGCCAAUGACUGGGGUAGACUGAUACACACUCCUCACAACAAAGAUGUCAAAGAGACCAUCUUAUGCCCCUCCCCCUCCCCCUGCCCCUACAACUCAAAUGCCCAACACUACCGGGUUUGUGGGGUACAACCCAUACAGCCACCUUGCCUACAACAACUACAGACUGGGAGGGAGCCAAAGCAGCAACAGUCGGGUAACGAAUUCCUCUGGAAUAAAUAUCCCAAAGCCACCCAAGCCGCCUGAUAAGCCACUGAUGCCAUAUAUGAGAUAUAGUCGGAAGGUUUGGGAUCAAGUAAAAGCCUCCAAUCCUGAUCUGAAGCUAUGGGAAAUUGGGAAGAUAAUCGGUGGCAUGUGGAGGGACCUCACUGAUGAGGAGAAACAGGAUUAUUUGAAUGACUACGAAGCAGAGAAGAUUGAGUAUAAUGAGAGCAUGAAGGCCUAUCACAAUUCGCCAGCCUACCUGGCCUAUGUCAAUGCAAAAAGCCGGGCAGAGGCAGCUCUGGAAGAGGAGAGCCGCCAGAGGCAGUCCAGACUGGACAAGGGAGAGCCUUACAUGAGCAUUCAGCCAGCGGAGGAUCCAGAUGAUUACGACGAUGGGUUUUCAAUAAAGCACUCAGCUGCAUCUCGUUUCCAACGCAACCACCGUCUGAUCAGUGAGAUCCUGAGUGAGAGCGUAGUCCCAGAUGUGCGCUCAGUUGUUACAACUGCUCGCAUGCAGGUCCUGAAACGGCAAGUCCAGUCUUUAAUGGUUCAUCAGAGAAAGUUGGAGGCAGAGUUGCUUCAAAUUGAAGACCGCCACCAGGACAAGAAAAGAAAAUUCAUCGAUGCUACAGAGUCAUUCACAAAUGAGCUCAAAAGGCUGUGUUGUAUGAAGGUGGAAGUGGACAUGGAGAAGAUUUCUGCAGAGAUUGCUGCAGCAGAAGAGGCAGCCCGCAAACGGAUGGCAGAACGAGAGAAGGAUGCAGGAGACCGAGGUGCAAGAGAGGCCCCAACCUGUGUCUUAGCAGAGGAAGAAAAGCACAUUUGUGCAACACAUGGCAACAAGUCCCAGCAAAACUCUCUCAGUGAAACUAUCAACAAGGAAGGAGAGGACACAGAAUCCAGCACCACUGACACACCAGGGAAGCCCAAGACCUCAGAGGAGCCUGAGGUUCACCUAGGCAGUGAGGAGGGGGUGUCAGAGGACAAGGAGAGCGUCCCAGAGGGAGCAAUGGAGGAGGGAACCAGCGACAGUAACACAGGCUCAGAGACCACCUCUGCUCAGACAGAAGAUGCCCCGACUAGUGAGCCAUCAGAGGGGCCAAGCAAAGCAAGAGCAGCCAACUGAGUUCAUCGCCUGACUGUUUGUGAAUUGUAAGGCUGUCAUUAUAUCUGCUAGGCUCUGAUAUCAUCCUCUGAGAACAUAUAUUGCACAGUAUCAUCUCAGUUUGUCAAAGCGUUCAGAUGGGCUUAAUAAGCUUGAGGCAGUGAUGAAAGUUUGAGUUUGAAAGCCUAAGACUCACAUACAUUCGCUGAAUACAAAUAAAUGAAUGAAAAGUAAAGCACUUGAAGCCGACAAAGCAAUGGUCCUGUCGAAAAUAAGUGCCACAUAAGCCCAUGUGAAAGCACCGAAGAACCCAUUCAGGCCCUUUUCAGCACAUAUUGAUACAUAUCUCUAGCACUAUGUCUGGCAGUUCCCAGAUCGUCACAAAUUAAGACUUGCUAUGUGAAAAAAGCUGUUGCAUAAAACAGACAUUGCUCAGUGUUA